AUGUCCCAAGCCUCCGUGCCUUCUCAUUUCCCUGCUCAUUAUGGGCCAAGGGUUUGGGUCAUUUCAGCGGGAAGCUCACCCAUCGGCAUCGCGCUGGCUCGCCAGCUACUUGCGCAUGGCGAUAUCGUCGUCGCAGGAGUUCCAGAAUCCAACCUCGAACGGGAAGAUCCUCGCGGCGCCGAUUUUGAAGCCUUUCUAGACGAGCUAGCUUCUAAAGGUUCAGACUGGGAGGAGCGGAUGAAACCUGUGAUCAUGGACAUCAGAAUAAUGAAUGAAUGCCAAGUUAUCAUUGCAGAGGCCAUUAGCGCAUUCGGGAGAAUUGAUAUUUUGAUAUGCUGUUCAAGCCAGGCAAUAAUCGGCACUGUCGAAGAGCUUUCUGCAUCCGAACGGACCCGAUUGCUAGUAAAGGACCAAUUUGAACUCAAUUACUUUGGUCCAGUAAAUUUGAUCAAGGCCGUUUUACCCCAAUUAAGGAAGCAGAAGAACGGUCACAUCCUCGUACUAGGGGGUAUCACCAGCCAUAUAGGUACCCCCGGGCUAGGAGUUUACUGUGCAGCAGGGUGGGCCUUGGAGGGCUUCUGUGAUAGCCUCGCCUACGAAAUCGCGCCUUUCAAUGUCCGCCUCACCAUUCUUCAAUGCAGCAUCGAAAUUGGCAUUCUCACAAACCUCAUCACAAGCGUCCCUCCCAUCCUCCCAGCCUACUCCCCUUCCACAAACUACGCCCCCUUAUUCCGCGGUAUCAUGAAUGGCCUUCUCUCGCGCCUGCCGAAUCUCCAGGGAUCCUUCAAUCAAUUCCCGGAAGAAACGUCUGAGGCGUUUCCCCCAUGCACCCCACAGUCUCCAUCCUCGUCAUCAACUACAUCAACUUGCACAAGACCCCCCACUAACAAUGAGACAAAUCCAAGCACUAACGCGAGCAGGCAAGCGGAAGCAGCCGAAGCGGAACAUGACGAAGUCCAAAUCGAUUCAGGUUCCAACGGGCCCCUCUCCGCACCAGCGGUGGUAUCUAUUUAUCCACCACUGAGUUCCGCGCACCUGGAUGUGCUUAUCGCAGAAACCAUCCAUGCGAUCACGUCCAUUGGCGGCCAUGAGAACCCGCCUGCUCGACAUAUUGUGGGUGCGGAGGGAGUUGCAGCUGUGAAAGAGAAGUUGAAGACAGUCACGGAAGAACUGGAGGAUUUCAUCGAGUGUAGUAGUGCUGUAGAUAUUAGUGUUGAUCCAGAUACGGGAACAUGA